AUGGCAUCCCGCCAGCUAUGUAUCCCUUCGUCCCGCCUGGAAAGUCUUGUAUACCAGGAGUUUACAUUUAUUAGCCAGUAUCUGGCUAUAGUUGCUACUUCCAGCCUAUUUUAUGGCUUCCAGGCUAUUCUCUUUUUCCUGUCAACAUACAUCAUGUCGACACGCAACAAAGCGAGUUUACAGACCAGAGCAGUGCUGUGGGGCGUUACCUUCGUCAUGUUCGGGGCGUCCACCGCGGACUACGCCCUCGGCUUUGUCCAUGAUCGCAUCUUUAUCCUCAACAUGCAGAGCUACUUUCUGGAGCGAUCCUCGAAUCCGGUGUAUCCGAUGAUGCUUUUUGAACUCCAAGCAGUGAAACCUUUACUGCAGGCGCGGCUGUUCGCCCCCAUAAUCAAUUUUGUCAUCUGCGAUGCGAUCAUUCUCUGGAGAGCCUGGGUUCUCUGGAACUACAGUCUGGUCGUCCUCUUGAUCUCGUCAGUCUGCAUGUUGGGAGCCGUCGGGACGGGUCUCUUCACGCUCGCGGAACGGAGGAUGUUUUUUGCAGCUGGCGGCAGCAUGAACAUAGGCAUGUAUGGCCUGUCGAUCGCAACCCUCGGCACGAACGUCGUGGGCACAGCCUUGAUUGCGUACAGAGCAUGGCAACUGCGGCGACAGAUCACAUCAAACAUCUCCGGUAGUCAACAUCCGCGGACGAAGGUCCAAAAAAUCUUGAUAUUUCUCGUCGAGUCCGGCGCUCUGUACGUCGUUAUAUGGGGCAGGCUUGGACGGGAAGCUGAUUAUCCUCUUUCAUUCAUCAAGGUGCUUUUCAUCCUCAGUCAGUCAGGCAUCUUUUCAGAUCUCGGGAGGGCGAUAAUGGGUCGAAGCAUGACCUCCAUCGCUGGCGUAUACCCGACGACCAUCAUCGUGCUCGUCGCGCUCCAGCAGUCCACAUCAGAGAUGACCGUGAUCUCCCCCAGCCGCACGCUCUCCCUGCGCUUCGUGUCACGGGACAGCAGAUCAGCGUCAAUACCGCAGUGCCCGCGCCGGCCAAGCUCGGGCGCCGACGCGCACGCGGACACGAGCACGAGCAUGGGCGUCUUCAGCCAGCGCGCGCUCCUCGACUCGCAGGAGUCCAUCAUCACGUUCGCGCACCAGGGGCCUUGCGCACGGGACAAGUCGCAGAAAUGGGCGCUGCUGGGCGCGGCGGGGCCCAUAGUCAAGACGAGGUCCACCAUAUGA